CUCUUCUGCGCAUUUGCUCUGUGUCACUUCAAUUUUAAGUCGACUAAGUAAAUAUUGACAACGCUUCAAAUGGUUCUGCAUAUGCUUUUACUGGCCGCUGUGUCAGUUUCGUUUUUUGAGGUAUCGAUAUGUCAUCCUACAUACCAUCAAAGUAUAGAACUACGUACUCGUCGGGGAGCUGAUGGUGAACCUCUAUGGUUGUAUAAAGGUGAUAACAUAGAACGCGCGCCGUCAUCGGGUGAUCAUCCAUUCCUACCGUCAUACAUUGAUGACAUCAGACUAGAUCCCAACAGGAGGACAGCCCGCAGUCUCAGCACUCCCAGAGCCUCUAGAGGCGAAGGAAGUCGACAGUCCUCUAGCAGGAACACAGGACCAACUCACCCCGGAUAUAAUCGGCGCAAUGCAAGAGAAGUUAAGGAGAUGGACAGUCAAGAGUCAGUGGCACGUCUUUCUAGAAGUGUUGAGCAGAUGGGUGCUAUGAGCCAGGAGGCACUUGCUAGCCAAGAGGCACUUGACAGCCAAGAGACACUGAUGCGUGUAGCCAGAAGUGUUGAGCAGAUGGGGGCUAAAAGCCAGGAGACACUUUCUAGCCAAGAGGCACUGACAAGACUUGCUAGAAGUGUUGAGCAGAUGAGAGCUAUGAGCCAAGAGGCACUGGCCAGCCAAGAGGCACUUGACAGCCAAGAAACACUGAUGCGUUUAGCCAGAAGUGUUAAGCAGAUGGGGGCUAAAGGCCAGGAGGCACUUGCCAGCCAAAAGGCACUUGACAGCCAAGAGACACUGAUGCGUUUAGCCAGAAGUGUUGAGCAGAUGGGGGCUAAAAGCCAGGAGGCACUUGCUAGCCAAGAGGCACUUGACAGCCAAGAAACACUGAUGCGUGUAGCCAGAAGUGUUGAGCAGAUGAGGGCUAUGAGCCAAGAGGCACUUGCCAGCCAAGAGGCACUUGACAGCCAAGAGACACUGAUGCGUGUAGCCAGAAGUGUUGAGCAGGUGAGGGCUAUGAGCCAGAAGGCCCUUGCCAGCCAAGAGGCCCUUGACAGCCAAGAGGCACUGAUGCGUGUAGCCAGAAGUGUUGAGCAGAUGAGGGCUAUGAGCCAAGAGGCACUUGCCAGCCAAGAGGCACUUGACAGCCAAGAGACACUGAUGCGUGUAGCCAGAAGUGUUGAGCAGGUGAGGGCUAUGAGCCAGAAGGCCCUUGCCAGCCAAGAGGCCCUUGACAGCCAAGAGGCACUGAUGCGUGUAGCCAGAAGUGUUGAGCAGAUGGGGGCUAAAAGCCAGGAGGCACUUGCUAGCCAAGAGGCACUUGACAGCCAAGAGACACUGAUGCGUGUAGCCAGAAGUGUUGAGCAGAUGAGGGCUAUGAGCCAAGAGGCACUUGCCAGCCAAGAGGCACUGAUGCGUGUAGCCAGAAGUGUUGAGCAGAUGGGGGCUAUGAGCCAGGAGGCACUUGCUAGCCAAGAGGCGCUGACAAGACUUGCCAGAAGUGUUGAGCAAAUGGGGGCUAUGAGCCAAGAGACACUUGCCAGCCAAGAGGCACUUGGCAGCCAAGAAACACUGAUGCGUGAAGCCAGGAGUGUGGAGCAACUCACUUCGAAAAGCAAAGAACAUCUUGAAAGCAAAUAAAUGCUGCUAUCAGUUGAGAGGUUGAAAAAAAUUAUUAGACUAGUCCAGGUUCUUUUCUUGGUUUUCUUUGCACCUACUUUCAUCUUUCACUUUAAAUUAUCCUUGUUAAAUUGUGUAAAUCGAGAAUUAAGGCCCUACUGUUGUCGUUUUGUUUUUCCUAAUUCAAUCUUGAAAAGUUCAUUAAAAAAUAAAUUCCUAAUGUGAUGAA